AUGCCACAAGAAAAUUUGUUGGACAUCAGCACAAAUUGUGGAAUUGAAGAAAAAUUAACUGAAGAAGCCAAUGGUUCAGCUGAGAGCCAGAGUGACAUUACGCCACAUGACAAUUUGUUGGACAUCAGCACAAAUUGUGGAAUUGAAGAAAAAUUAACUGAAGAUAAGAACUUCAACAGACACUUAACACUAGCAAUGUUUACUCGAUCUUUACCCAAUGGACAAAAAUGUAAUAGGAAAUGGCUUCUUUAUUCACCUAGUGAAGGAUCUGUAUAUUGUUUUGUUUGUAAAUUGUAUGGAAGCAAUCGAGAGAGUCCCUUUAUUUCUGGUGGUUUUGACAAAUGGAAAAAAUCUGAACGGAUUGGCGAACAUGAAAAUAGUCUUCAACACAGAAAUGCUACCAAUAAGUGGUUAUUAAGAUCUAAUACCAACAACUCAGUUAAUAAAGAAUUAUGUCGUCAAAUUUCUGCUGAAACGAAUUAUUGGUUUGAAGUAUUUAAGAGACUUGUAUCUGUCAUUACAUUUUUAUCGUCUAGAGGCCUUGCUUUUCGAGGAAAGGAAGAAAAGUUCAAUAGUCAACACAAUGGAAAUUAUCUGGGCCUAUUAGAACUUAUUUCAGAAUAUGAUCCUUUCUUAAAGGCUCAUAUUGAACAGUAUGGAAAUCAAGGAAAAGGCAACCCAUCAUACCUUUCAAAAACUGUUUAUUUGACAAAAGUUGAUCAAAUGGCCAUUAUUCUUCGUUACUGCACAUUAACAGGUGUGGAAGAAAGACUUUUAGGAUUAUUUCCCAUUAAAGACCAUCAAGGCCAAUCUAUGUACAAGGUAUUAGAUGACUUUCUUGAAAAAAGUGAAUUAGACAUUAUGAACAUUAGGGGUCAAUCUUAUGACAAUGCCUCAAACAUGAGUGGUCAAUUUAAAGGGCUUCAAGCUUAUGUCAAAAAUAAAAAUCCAUUAGCUGUGUUUAUACCUUGUACAGCUCAUUCGUUAAAUCUAGUUGGAGUAAAUAGUGUAAAUUGUUGUACUGAAGCUGUCAAUUUUUUUGAUUUUGUACAAAAAUUGUAUAACUUCUUUAGUGGGUCAACUCACAGGUGGAAUGUACUUAUUAACAUAUUGAAAAAAGAAGAAAAAAAUAGUGUCAAUGGAAAUUCUAGUCGACUUCUUACACUUAAAUCCUUAAGUGACACUAGGUGGUCUUGUCAUGCAGAAGCUUGUAAAGCAAUAGUUGUAAAUUAUGAACAAAUUUUGACUGCGUUAAAAAGUAUGUAUGAUGGCGAAGAAAAUAAUGUUACAACUUUAGAUGCUAAAUCGUUAUGGAAGAAAAUGGUAAAAAGAGAAACUGCAUAUAUGUCAUUACUUUGGAAUGACAUCAUGGAAAGAAGUAACAAAACGUCAACUAAAUUACAACAUUCAAACUGUGACACAAUGAAGGCGAUCAACUUAUUAAAAUCACUGAAGUGUUAUGUGUUAAGUUUACGGGACUCAAAUUCAAUUUACGAAGAAAAAAUACCUAAUCUUAGUCCUGAAAUUACCAUUUACUAUUCAGAUGAAAAGCAAAGAAAAAAAAUAAAAAAAUUCCCUGAUGGUAGCAUAAAUGAAGAAGUAUUAAAAGGAAAAAACAAAUUUCGUGUUCAGACACAUAUAUUUAUUAUUGAUAAAUUUGUGUCAGAAUUAAACAAAAGAAUUUCCGCUUAUGAAUAUAUUGGUGAUCAUUUUUUAUUUAUAACACACUUAACUCAAGAAUCUAAUGAAAAAAUUGAUUUGAGUGUCUCAACAUUUAUUUCAAAAUAUAAAAAUGAUGUAGAUAUUACUUUACCGAACGAACUUGUACAAUUUAAAGAAUACUGGAAGCUUUGUCAACCUUCUUUUGAUCCAGCUGACAUUUCCAAAUUAUUUUCCUGGUUUGGUAAUCAAUCACUCGAAGAGGUAUUUCCUUGUUUAUUUACUACUUUAAAAAUAUAUUUGACAAUUCCAGUAGCUAAUUGUUCUGCGGAAAGAGCUUUUUCUAAGUUAACUAGAAUUAAAAAUAAGUAUAGAACUAGUCAAACACAAGAAAACUUAAAUAUACAAAUGAUUUUAUAUUCUGAGAAUGAUUUGUUAAAAUCAUUAGACUUAAAUGAUGUACUAAAAGAGUUGGCUUCAAGUAAAGCCAGAAAAAAAAAAUUUAAUUAA